UGCCAUGGUCCACCUCCUUCUGGCCUUUUUGAGAAACUGGAGGAGCUAUUUAUAAUGGGGUGUAACCAGUUACAUCGCAUAGUCUCAGUUGGCAAGUUGAACUUGUGUAGUCUCAAGUUCUUACAAUUGGAGGAAUGUCCAAAGCUGACCUUCGUCUUCACACAUUCUACAGCUCAAACUAUGGUACUAUUGGAAGUGUUGAAAGUAAGAGAUUGCGUUGCAUUGGAACAUAUAAUAAAUAUGAGGAGGAAGAGGAUGACAUUAUUUCUGUAGGGCCUUUAUUCCCAAAAUUGAAACAAGUCCUUGUUGAGAGAUGUGAUCAUCUGGGAUGUUUAAUUCCGGCAUCUUUUGCUGGUGGCCUCUUGCAACUUGAGACUCUUGAGAUAAAAGAUGCUUCUGGUUUGGAAUAUGUUUUUGGCAAAUACAAUCAUGGAGAAGAUCAGAAUCUGAACCAAAGCAUUGAUCUUCCGGUGCUGAAAGUACUCAAGCUUACUAAUUUGCCAAAAAAUUUUCGCAUUGCCCUGCAAAAUUAUCAUGUAACAUGGCCACCCUUUGAUGGACAACAUAUCAGUGGAUGUCCAGAUUUGAGCGGCAUGCCUUCGUUUGAUUUAGAAGUAAGAGAGCAAGGUGACAAUGAAGCUACAAAGAAGGAGUUGGAGCUUCCAGCACAACUUAGCAGCCAGAUGAUUGAACAAACUGUAAAAGACAGUCAUGUUGAGGAAUGCAAAAUGAAAGGCUUUUCUCAAACGCUCAAACAUGCCAUUAAUAUGGAAUCAGAUUCAGAGCCACAAGAAGACGAAGAAGGUGUAAUAUCAGCAGCAGAAAGGGAACAUUACCUUGACGGUGAUGCUGAAGAUAAGGAUGAAAGGGAAGCUGAACAACAACAUAAGGAAGAAAAAUAUGCAAUACUAAAGAACAACAACAGUGUAAUUAAACAAAGUGCCGCAAGCUGUGUAGAAAGCAGAGAACUUGAUGAGGAGGUAAUUGAGAAACAACCAAAGGUUGAACUUGAACUGCCACUAGUUGUGGAGAACCCACCACCAGCUCUUGAAGAAUACAAAGAAGAGUUAGUUGGAAAUCCAUCCGUAGGUAAUCAUUCUUCAUCAUCGACCACAACUUCAGAUUUACUUGUUCAAGUAGCUACAGAAGUCCAUCAUCAAUCGAAAAAAAUUGAUGUGAUCGAUGAUACUCAAGAAGGCAUUCAAGAGCAGAACUUUCAUACUGCCGGUUCAGUGAACUUGAGAGAGAGAAACACAGAAAUAGAAGAGUUAAGUCUCCAUAAAAAUCCUGCCCCAGAAGAAUCAAUGGUGGGAACUUCAUCACAGGUGUUGAUUGACAAACAACCACAGACUGUGACAGACCCACAACAAGAUAUUCAAGAUUACAGAGCAUAUUUUCCUUUGCAUGUGCAAUCAUCAAUGCUUUCACCAAGUACUAGCAUCUUUACCACUUCAACUUCAGAAGCACUACUGAUUUCUUCUUCAAUGAAGCAACACCAUGUAACAGAACAAUUGGUUGACUUUCAUGAUCUAUCAAAACCUGCUCACUUUCCAGACAAGGCAUUUGUUAGGUCAGCAGGUUCACAUUUUCAGUCGAUGAAGCAAGAUGAUACUUUUGCUCCUCCUCAAGAAAUGCUUACUAGAGAUUCACACAAUGAGGUUCAUGGAGCUUCUGAUUUUCAGCUACAUUCACAAAAAUUUGAUGCAAUUGUUGAUACUCAAAAAUGCCUUCAAGAGCAGUACCUUUAUCCAGUUGGUUCAACGAAAUCAAGAGAGAAUAACACGGAAAUUGUAGAGGGAAGUCUUCAUAAAGAUCCUGUAUCAGAAGAAUUAACAGUAGGAACUUCACCACAGGAGUUGAUUGAGAAACAACUACAAGUAAAACUUCAACCGCCAGAGUUUGUGGAGGACACUCAACAAGCUCUUGAAGAUUACAAAGUGUCUCAUCCUCUGCCUCUGGAUCCAACAGUGCUUUCACCGAGUACUGGCAUCACUACCACUCCAUUAACUGCAGAAAUACUGACUUCAUCUUCAACAAAUCAGCAACCUCCAGCAGAAGAGUCUGUUGAUUUUCAUGGUCUAUUUAAGAUUAAGGCAAGAUGUGCUUGCUUACUCGAAGAGGCAUUUGUCAAAUAUCGACAUUUACGGGACUGGGACCUCGCACAAAGGACUCACAGGAUUCGCAAGGUGGGAUACAAGUCCUUAGCUGACAUGUUGGCAUUUCUAAAAUUAGAGACGCCAAAGACAAUGGAUGAUUCAAAGAAGAAGGCAUUUGAAGAUCUAUAUUAUGAACUCGAAUUUUUUGGCUUUGACAAGAAAUGGCUGGCAUCCAUUUGGAAAAGAGUGAUGGAUAUGCAAGCUGAUCAUAACAACAAGUUGAAGCAGCUGGAUCAGUUGGAGUCGCAAGUUAGAACCUUUAAAAGAACAACUUAGUGACGCAACAGCAAGCUUGGCCAGUGUGAAGGAUGAUCUCUCAAAACCUGGCGACGUAUUUGGCUUUUAAGUAUGGUUAUUAUUGAGAUAUGUAGCUCUUUGAGGUCACCCACUUUGUGUCAACUUUGAUUUGUCUCGUGUUUUGGUCAUACUUUCCCUUUCAAGAACCCAUAACAGAUUAUCAUGUUUCACUAAAUCUUAUCUUCAUGUUGGAUUUCAAAUAUUUGUAGUAGUCACUGUUCUUGUAUUGCCAUAUUAUCUACGUUCAGUGAGCGAUACAUGUUAUCUGUGCAAA